GGGGAAAACAAUAACCAGCAGAAACACUGGCAGGAAUCUUCGUGGCUGCAGGAAAGUCAAUGGAAGCCUCAACAUUUCUGUUGCAGGAGGCUUGAACAUCACGCAGCAGCUUGAGGAAAAUCUCGGAGAAAUUGAAGAAGUAUCUGGUUACAUUCGAGUGUACGGUUCAGAUACCCUUUUUUCUCUCAAUUUCCUCAAGAAUCUUAGACACAUUCGUGGAAAAGAGAAAUGCACGGCCUGUACGCCCUGUACGUGUUGGAAAAUGCCAAUCUACAAGAGCUUUGGGACUGGCGGCAACGGUCGGACGUCUUGUACAUCCACAGUGGAUCUCUGUUUUUCCAUUACAAUCCAAGCCUUUGUCCCCUUCUCAUUCAAGAGCUGGUAGCCAUGACCUCAGCAAAAAACCAAAAAUAUGCUAAUAUCUCCAAUACAUCCAAUGGAAACAGUAUCCCAUGUUUUGAAUCUGAGCUGCCUGUUCAGGCACAGGCAGGGGAAGACGUGGGUACGAUAAGUGUCAGAUGGCAACAUGAAUACCAUGGUAUCGACGACCGCUUUGUCAUUGGUUAUUACGUGUUCUAUAGAGAGACAGAUGAGAACGUAACGCUCUUCGGAGGACGUGACGCAUGUAACGACAAUGAGAUUUGGCGGAGAGACUUUUGGGAGUAUAACAAGAAGCAAAACAGGUCGGUUUUCAUAGAAGGACUGCGCCCGUACACGAGGUAUGCGCUGUAUGUUUCUGCGUCCUAUACGGAUGCAGAAAAAAACGGCAAGCGGUCGAAAAUAAUUUAUAUCACCACUUCCCCUACAAAUUCGACGCCUGUCCGGGAGAUCCGUGUAGCGCAUGCGACCUCCCAAAGUCUGGCACUCGCCUGGGGAGAACCUGCCAACCCGAAUGGAAUUAUUACAUUUUACGAAGUUAUUUAUGAAAAGACAUCCACGCACACCUUCAAUCCAGCCAUAUAUGCGCAUGUGUGCGACAAGGAUUUUGUCAGCUCACUGUCUGGGUCCGGCGUUAAACCACCUUUCGUCUGGAAACGAGGGCAGCAUACGAAUCCUUCCGCCUUGGGAGGAAAAAGUGAAGACGACGAGAGGAAGAAUGAUAUGGAUUUUUUAAAAAUCAGAAGGGAAACAUCCAAUGCGUGGUUAAAUGUCAAGAGUAUAAUUCGAGUUUGUUCCUGCCAGUAUUCUUUUACGCUAAAUAAUUUUACCAUGAACCCAAACAACUUCAACAUAACUAAAGAGGAAGGGGAAGAGGUAAUGGUGCUCUAUCACUUCAUUUCCGAGGGUAACGAUGCCAAAAGUUUGAGAACCACUCCUCUUGAAGCAAAACCGCCAGAUCAGUUACGUUCUAUUAAUGCAGUCUAA